AUGAAGUGUGCAGGUUGUUUGAAGCCUAUUAGAGACAGUGCCGGUACUACUAAAUGUACGUCUACUGCAUGUGAAAAAACCUUUUUCUCAGUAUGUAUAAAUGUUACAUUGCUCACUCCUGAGCGGAAGAUUUGGAAAUGUCCCGAAUGCUGUGCCGCGAAAAAAAAAGGUGGGGAUAACAGUCUCACUCCUGUUCGAGGUGGUUCUGAAAAUGUUACCACACAUAAAAAGCCGGAUUCUGUAGGGUCUGAAAUGACUCAGCUUACUGAACAGCUGUGCCUCCUUACCAGUGAACUAUGCUCUGUGAAAACAAAAUUAAAUGAUCUUACCCAAUCAAUUUCUCAUACAAACGAGCGAAUGGAUGAUAUGAUUGGUCCAUUUUAA